UAGACCCCUUUUUAAUCUCCGAGUACAUUCUCACGUUUACUUCCAUGUGUUGUGUUGAAGAUUACGGAGGAUAGAUGACACUACUAAAAAUCACGCACCGGUAGCACCGGUAGUGCACCGGCUCUGACACGCACUUCAUGCUGCUUUAUGUUUUAUGAGAUUAUGAGAGAGACUGGACCAACGUUGGGUGCGACCAAGGGGUGCGCGCGCAUCGAAUUCAGCAGUUUCUGCAGCAAAAGAACGUAGAGCAUUGCUUGUUUGAAGUUAGUUUGGAUAGCAUAGUCUAGUGUUUGAACAUGGCAACAUCAGUUGGUGACACUUUGGAAGAUGAUGUAGUCGCUAUUCCCUGGACAAGUUUCUGUGACAAAGCCUUCAACUGCUUGGUCAAGCACAAGCACGACGCUGCAGGCUCCUUUCUCCGCAUCUACGCCUCCGACUUCAUACGUGUUUACGAUGAAAUCCUCGAUCAGGACUUGCUGCUCGAGAGAUGCAAGGAGCUGAACCCAGAUCUAGAGGUGACGGCAGCCUAUCUUUCUGAGCACCUUUCCCAGGGCAUCACCAAAGCCCUGAAACAGACUUGCUCUGCUGCCACCCAGGAAGCCUGUAUGGAAAUAGUAACCUGUAAUGCGGGCUUACUUGUCAUGCAGUUGCAUACAAUGAUAAGCGGAGUGCCAUUCCUGUGGGAAUUUCGAAUGCCUGCUCAAACUGCUAGUGAUUCGUUUUACAGACAUGUGACUUUACCAAUGAUAGUGAUGAUAGUGGGUCUUCAGAAACAGCAGGAAGACUUGUUUGCUCUGCUGAACGACAAAGACUCUGAAAUAAGUGAUUACAAACGCUCGGGCCAACAUCUUUCAAGGAAGCACCUGGAGACUAAGGUCUUUGAUGCAGGAAGGUUUAGAAGAGAAACAUUAACCCCCAAGCACCUGAAGGACUGUUUUAGCAACGUCCACCUGAACCCUUUUGGCAGUGAGGCAGGUCUGAUGUACAGGAAAAUGAUGGAAGCUUACAAGGACAUUACGACAUCUGCUCGUGAGCCAGAAACAAGAUCUCCAGAAAAUCACAGUUCCUCAAACAUUCCUGUGGAAGUUGUAAAGGAGACGAGGGAAACCACGACGGCCAUGGAUGUGACAAGGCUCGAAGAAGAGCCCAAGCCACACAAGGUGAAGAAAGCCAAGAAGCGUAUGAGGUUGUGACAUCCAGUUCAAACUUCAUGAGGGGUAAUUUUCUAAGAGUAGCAAAGAGUGUACAGUUAGUUCACCUUAAGCUAUCGAAGGCAGGAAUCCCGCUAACUUGUGUUCCAAAUGAAUUGAUAUAUAGUUUCGAUUUAAACCUAAGCUGCCUAAAAAUUGACAUUUGUUGUUUCGCUUGUAAAGGGGCAUGCGCCAAGCGGCGAGAGUAGGACACUGCAGGCUCCACUUACUCGCGGAGCACUGUGACACUCCGUGGUGCAGUUGUUGCAUCGGUGUAAAGAUUAACUUGAUGCAUGGAGCUGCUUGGCAUUAUGCCCUUAUAAGCAUGUGACCAUGAAAUUAUGCUAAAAGCUAGGAAGUUUCUGAUGAAGUCUCUCCUACAGCCAACAGUAGAAGCAAAGCACUUUUAGCUCACUAGAGGUGAUGCUUCAGUGUAGUACAAGAUACACUGAAGAUGUCAUAAUUUUCUGACAUCGCAACUUUCAUUUGGGGACAAAAUCAAUAUAGAAUAUUUUGCAUCUCUUUGAGAUGAUUUUGUGAUAAAAUGUUUUCUUAUUUUGUUUAAAACUUUUUUAAAGUCUCUGCAAUGGAUUAGAAUUGUGCGGGAAUGUGAAGACGGCACGGUACGAAUCUAUUUGGCUGGAGUGGCUCUUUGUGACUGCUGUUCGGUGGCCACAGGCAAAAGGAUGCCUUGCUUUUUUUUUUUAAAUCAAAAUUGACAUUGAAAUGUGAAGUUGUUUUGUUCUUUUAUGUUCUUCAGGUUGAUUUUGUAAUGAAAUGUUUUUGUAUCAAAAUUUGUUUGA